AUGCGGGGAGAAGAGAGUCUCCAGAUGUUGGCGCCGACUGAAGGUGGCAGCCUCCCGCUGGUGGACAUGAAUGCUUGUGAGACCAAGGCCCCCGAGUUGUGGGACUAUGUCCUUGUGGUCGAUCGUCGCGCCCAGAGAAACCCCGGGCAGGUCCAGCGGCAGCGGCAGUUCCUGGAAGAGCUUGAGAACCAAGGCUUUCACUACAAGGCAAUGGAGGACCAGGAGAAGGAGUUCUUUGGGAUCCGAGCUGACAACAGGAUCCUUGACCGGUACCAGAGACUUAUGGAGCCCGAGGAUACUGUCCCCAGAGGGGAGCUGUCCAGGCCAACUUCCAUCCGAGCCACCAACAGAAUCCGAAUUGUCAACUUUGUCCUGAAGAGCAAGACGGCAACGGGUGACACGCUCCAGGAUUUGGUGAAGGAUGGGGUCUUUGAGGACGGGUUCCCCUUGCACAAGGGGGAGGAACACCUAAAGAAGAAAUGGGCCCGGUGGAGAAGCAUGUUCCAAAGGCAGCCAAUUAGUGAUAUCAGGGACUACUUUGGAGAGAAAGUGGCCUUGUACUUCGCCUGGCUCGGCUGGUACACCUACAUGCUGGUACCCGCCGCAGUGGUGGGCCUCAUCGUCUUCCUGAGCGGGUUUUCCCGAUUCGAAGCCAGCCAGAUCAGCAAGGAGAUCUGCAAGGCCCACGACAUCUACAUGUGCCCUCGUGGCGACCAUAACCGCAGGUUCCAGCGGCUCUCAGACACCUGCGCCUAUGCCAAGCUCACCCACCUCUUCGACAACGAGGGCACCGUGCUGUUCGCCAUCUUCAUGGCGCUGUGGGCCACCGUGUUCCUGGAGAUGUGGAAGCGGGAGCGAGCCCGAGUGGUCCUGCGGUGGGAGCUGUACGGCUGGGAUGAGGACCAGGAGGAAAUGGCUCUGGGGCUCAUCAACUGCCCGGACUACCAGCCGCGGCUGCACCAGCACUCCUACCUGCGGAGCACCAUCAUCCUCCUCCUGUCUCUCUUGAUGAUCUGCCUUAUGAUCGGCAUGGCCCACGUUCUGGUGGUCUACCGAGUCCUAGCUGCUGCCCUCUUCAACUUGGCCUUGCCCUUCCUGGGGGAGCAGGUGACCACAGCUGUGGUGGUGAGCGGGGCCCUGGUUCACUAUGUGAUCAUCCUCAUCAUGACCAAGAUCAACAAAUAUGUGGCCCUGAAGCUUUGUGACUUUGAGAAACCCAGGACCUUCUCAGAGCGAGAGAGCAAGUUCACUAUCAAGUUCUUCACUCUGCAGUUUUUUGCUCACUUCUCCUCCCUUAUCUACAUCGCCUUCAUCCUGGGCAGGAUCAAUGGACACCCCGGGAAGACGGUGCGCCUGGCAGGGCUGUGGAAGCUAGAGGAGUGCCACCUCAGCGGCUGCAUGAUGGACCUGUUCGUGCAGAUGGCCAUCAUCAUGGGUCUGAAGCAGACGCUCAGCAACUGCAUGGAGUAUCUGAGACCGUGGCUGGCGCACAAGUAUCGCUCCUUGCGGGCCCCGUCUCAGGACCCCGAACUGGGUCACUGGCAGCGCAACUACCGCCUGAAUCCAGUCUACACCUUCAGCCUGUUCGAUGAGUUCAUGGAGAUGAUGAUCCAGUACGGCUUCACCACCAUCUUCGUGGCCGCCUUCCCGCUCGCCCCGCUGCUCGCGCUCUUCAGCAACCUCGUGGAGAUCCGCCUGGACGCCAUCAAGAUGGUCCGGCUGCAGCGGCGCCUGGUGCCACGCAAGGCCAAGGACAUCGGGACCUGGCUGCAGGUGCUGGAGAUCAUCGGUGUGCUGGCGGUCAUCGCCAAUGGGAUGGUCAUCGCCUUCACGUCUGAGUUCAUCCCCCGCGUGGUGUACAAAUACCGCUAUGGCCCCUGCCGGAGCGGGGCCCAGUCUGAAGUCGACUGCUUCACGGGCUACGUCAACCACAGCCUGUCCGUGUUCUACACCAAAGACUUCCAGGAUCCUGCCAAAAUCGAGGGCUCUGAGAAUGUGACUGAGUGCAGGUACCGGGACUAUUUCUCUGCUCAGGACUCCAACUUCUCAGAGCAGCACUGGUUCCUCCUGGCGAUCCGCCUGGCCUUCCUCAUCCUCUUUGAGCACGUGGCCUUAUGCAUCAAGCUCAUUGCGGCCUGGUUCGUGCCUGACGUCCCACAGUCUGUGAAGAACGAAGUCCUGAAGAAGAAGUACCAGAGACUGGAGCUAAAGAGGUGGAGAGGCAGGGCUGGCUGGGGGUGGAGAGGGGCUGGGGUGGGCCCACUCAGCCCCUUUCCUGCCUCCAGCUGCAGCCCCAGGAGCACAGACGUGUAG